CUGAUUGCAGACGGGCGCCGAGGAAGGAGGCACGGGCUGGGGUUUUUUUUCUCAAUCGGAAGCGGGAACCUUGUCUGGGCUUCGAUUGACGCCGGAGCUUUCACCUCCCUAACCUCACCUACCGCCGUCUCACCUGCGCCACCUGUCCCUCACGCCAUCGCCGUACGACAAUGAAGGGAAUGAAGGGUUUGUCAAAGAAGCGCAAAAGGUUGGAAGAAGAUCAUGCUAUAAUACAAAGAGAAUCGGAAGAAAAAUCACCUGAAACAGAGGCCGAUCCAGCCAAUCCAGCCACUGAUGAAGUGGUAUUGAAAGAUGCUGAAGAACAAAGUCCAAAAACAAGUCAAAGACUGAAGAGAAAGACUAAAAAGCAGGAGCAAAGGAGAAGAAAAAGGGAAAGGAAAGCUGAAGAAGUAGAAAAGUCAAACCAGUUAGAAGAAAAAGUUUUUGAAUCGACUACUGAAGAAUCCUCUGAAGCUGAGCUCAAUGAAUCACUGUCAGAAGAGGCGGACGAAAGAGAAGCAAAACUCUCAAAACUUGAUGAACAAUUUCUUCAACUAUCUAAGCAACUCAUCUCUUGGGUAUAUGACCACAAACAUAUUAUUUGGUCAAAACUACCCAACAACCAAAUAAAAUUGUCUAGCACUAUACGCAGAGUGCUGAGAGCCAUCUUUGGAAUGGCAUAUCGGACGAUAUGCCUCGAUGGUGGAGCUCAUACACAUCUUGGUGAUGUUCUUAUUAGAAGAGGGAGGGUAAUUUACGAGAAAAAUGGAUUUGAAAAGCCCGCCAGUCUUGCAAGCUUGAAAAAAUGCAUACUUGCUUUGAAGCAAAUCAUCUUGAUGAUUCUUAAUGUGGCUAAGACAAAAGUAAGUCAUGCUCCUGUGAGCAUAGUCAAGUUUCUUGAACUUUGUGAGACGGCGCUUGCACUUGAGAAAGGUAAGGUGAAUGAGGAGCUUGUAAAGAUAGGAAGACUAAGGAAGUUUUGCUACUUUGUUUUCAAAAAUCCGGUGGUUUACGACCGAGAUGACGAGUUCAAGUAUCUGUUCAAGAUCAAGAAUUUAGUUGAAAUGGAUGAGGUGGGUUUUAAGAAUCAUGUGGAACUGAAGGGGUGCUUCGAUGGUUAUGUGAAGCGAAUCACAAAGGGGGACAAAGAGCUACACCAGAUCAGAUGCUUUAAUAGUCAGAUUAACAAUGCAAAGGGUCCAAAGAAGGGGAAGAAGGCAACCGUGCUAGGAAAGAGCAAGAAGAGCAAGAAGAGCAAGAAGAACAAGAACGUCAAGAAGGAUGCUAUCAAUAACAUGUAUGAUGAUCCAUAUAAUUGCAUACGGUUGAUACUUAACAUCAUUCGCCAUUUUCAAGGCACAGCUUUUGAUCUUAAAAUUGAAGCCCAUGGCCGUUACAAUAUGCAUCAGAUCCUCCGAGAAGCCCUUGAUCGGUAUUAUUUAGACAUAAUACCCAUAUCUUGGUACGUUUUAGCCAUGGAGCUUUGGGAGCACGAGGGUAAAGAGUUCUAUCUUAGGAACUACAGAAAUCUUGAACACUUGAUGGAGAAGAAGCCGAAGAUAUUAGGAAUCUUCAAUGAGAUAAUUGAUCAGUCUCUUUUGUUGUAGUUGGUUAGAGGGAAUUGAAUGAAUCAAGUGGGAGUCACACUGAACAGUUGUGGUUCUUUUUGCUCAUCUGGUCCACACUAAUAUUUUGUAGAUAAUUUUUGGACAAAUUCCCUAGCCUAGUAGCUAGCCUCAGUAGGAAGAGUUUGUGAACCUAAUUAAUUCCUCAGACAGAAAUCAUCAGAGGGAAGAAUUUGAAAUGCAAUUGUAGUUCAUUAGUUCCUUAUUG